AUGCAACUCAGUGGAACCAGCUUAUGGGCAGUUGUCCUUGCAGCUCCCAGGGGCACCCACCUGUGGGAGUUCAUCCGGGACAUCCUCAUCCACCCGGAGCUCAACGAGGGCCUCAUGAAAUGGGAGAAUCGGCACGAGGGCGUCUUCAAGUUCCUUCGCUCCGAGGCUGUGGCCCAACUUUGGGGCCAGAAAAAGAAGAACAGCAACAUGACCUACGAGAAGCUGAGCCGGGCCAUGAGGUACUACUACAAACGAGAGAUCCUGGAGCGGGUGGACGGCCGGCGGCUUGUCUACAAGUUCGGCAAAAACUCCAGUGGCUGGAAGGAAGAAGAGGUUGUGGAGAAUCGCAAGUAAAAGUCUGGAGCAGACCUAGCACAAACCCACAGACUGGACUGGGGCCACAGGUUCCUGGAGGACCAGCAGGCCGGACGCCCCUCCCCGCCGGACGCACUCCCUCUGUGCUCUUGUGAGAAGCUGAAGGGUGGCGGAGCCUGGAGCCCUCGGCCUCUCCUGCUGGCCUUGGAAUACGAGCUCUGGGGUCAAAAGUGACUGGCGCCAGUGUUGCUUCCUAGGAUCGCAACACUGGCUGUGGACGACGCCCUCCUCCUGCCUGGACUCGGUCAAGGAAGACGGGAGGCUGAAGGGGCCUGGGAGGCUGAAGUGUGCUAGGACAGGGGACGGGGCUGCGGCCUCCCACAUCUUACUGGAUUGCCUUCCACACCUCCCUGCUCAGUGCUUGGGCUCCACAGGUGGGGGUCGCAGCAUCCCUAAUUUAUGUGCUAUAAAUAAGUCAGAUGUACAUAGAGAUCUAUUUUUUCUAAAGCAUUCCGCUCCCCCGCACUUCCCCUCCAAACGCUGGUGGUGGCCAGGCUGUACCAUAUCCCUGCCUGGACCAGCGGAAGGGGGUGAACCCUGCCAGAGCCCUCAGGAUGGGGUCCUGGUUUCUUUCUCCUGUGAAUGGAGGCAGAGUCCUCCAAUAAAGUGCCCUCUGGGCUUUUUCUAACCUGUCUCAGCUGUCUGUGGAUGGGUGUGGAUUGCACAUUGGCUGGGGGCCGGGAGAGGGAUAAUAAGUAAGCGAGUAUGGAGGCUCGGGACUGACAGCUUGCAAGACUUCACACAAGCAAGGGCAUGAGCGUGGGAAGCGGAGACGGGGGCCGCCCUGCCACCCCACAUGGGCGCCGUGACCUUGGCAAAGGCUCUGCUCUCGGGCUGCUU